CGCGCAUCCCGUUCGUGUGGCGGCUGCCACCAGUCGGUGCGUAGCCGUUGUGCAGCGAUGACCUGCUAGUAUGAUGGGGUAGUAGAAAUAUGACUCUCUGGUGUCGAGUAUGGACCCUCUUGAUUAUCAUCACAUCAGCAUGGAGUGGCGGUUUGGACCUUCAGGGUCCUUUGUUUCUCCAAGAGCCACCGCAUCGGGUCGAGUUUAGCAACAGCUCAGGUGGCAGAAUCGACUGCACAGCUCACGGGAGUCCUACACCUGAGGUCGAAUGGAUUCUAGCGGAUGGUUCUUCAGUUAGACAGAUCCCCGAUUUAAGAUUGUUAUUUCCCAAUGGAUCCAUGGUUUUUCCGCCAUUCCCAAGCGAUCGCUAUCGACACGAUGUGCACACGGCGAUGUACCGGUGCCGACUUCGCAGCACGUUGGGCAGUGUGCUCAGUCGUGAUGUGCACGUCAAAGCUGUCGUAAAGCAGAAAUAUGAAAUUCAAGUGCACGACGAGUAUGUGAUCGCCGGCAACACUGCGGUGUUCAAGUGCCAAAUACCGCACUACGUCGCCGACUAUGUGAUGGUGACGUCAUGGGUCCAAGAUUCGGCGAUAAACAUCUACCCGAAUACAGACAUCGGCGGCAAGUAUGUGGUACUAGCCAACGGCGAUCUGUACAUCAGUAAUGCUGGACCUGCCGACGGCUACAAGAACUAUGCAUGCAGGACCGUCCAUCGGCUCACAGGCGAGGUUCAGAUAAGUGGAUAUCCGGGACGAAUAAUUGUGACUGAACCAAAAGAUACCUUGCAGCCGAGCAUUACCGCCGGAAAGUACAAUGCCCGCCGGGUGGGACUAGGUGAUGACGUGACAUUACCAUGCGUUGCCCAAGGAUACCCAAUACCCAGCUAUUAUUGGAAAAGGAAGCUGCAAGGACAGAGAGUACCUGUUGCACUGGGAGAGAGACUAACCAUGCUUACAGCAGGUCUGCUUAAGAUCUCGAAGGUGCGGCUAGAAGAUCGCGGUGUGUACGAAUGCUAUGCAAACAAUUCGGCGGGUGAAGAAAGCGUUGAGGUGACGCUGGAAAUAACAGCGUCCCUAACGGCUCACGUACAGCCACAAGUACAAGUUGUCGACGUGGGCAAGGAAGCCAGCUUCCAAUGCAUUGUGGGGGGCUAUCCAAUCUCACAGAUUAGUUGGAUGCACAACGGCAAACCGAUUGCGCCGGAUAAUCGUGUAGAGGUGAUGGUGGAACCGCCACGCUUGACCAUUCGGCAAUUAUCGAAGGACGAUCGAGGCAUGUACCAGUGUAUUGUGAGCAACAACUGGGAUCAGGCACAGGCGACCGCCGAGCUUGACAUGGGUGACGCUGGACCGGAACUCGUAUACUCCUUCUCCGAGCAAACGUUGCAGCCAGGGCCGACGGUAUCGCUGAAAUGCGUUGCGUCCGGAAAUCCACCGCCACAAUUUACAUGGACCUUGGACGGCUUUCCAAUACCGGACCAUCCCCGUUUCCUCGUCGGGCAAUAUGUAACUAUCCAAGACGAUGUCAUUAGCCACGUGAACAUUUCUCACAUUAAAGCUGAAGAUGGCGGAGAAUACACUUGUAUAGCAGGAAAUAGUGUCGGCAAGAUUGCGCACAGUGCUCGUGUUAAUGUCUUUGGUCUACCGUUUAUUCGACAAAUGCCGAAAAUUACGGGUAUUGCGGGAUCUAGUCUGAUUAUUAAAUGCCCAGUUGCCGGAUAUCCAAUUGAAACUAUCACAUGGGAACGCGAAGGCCAGACUUUGCCAGUUAACCGCAGACAAAGAGUGUACGCAAACGGAACUUUAGUUGUUGAGCAAACACAACGAAAAGAGGACGCAGGGACUUAUACAUGCCAAGCACAGAAUCGACAGAGAAACUCGUCCAGGCGAGACGUCGAAGUUCAAGUUAUCGUUCCACCUAAGAUAUUACCCAUAAAUCCGAUGACGGAUCUGCUACGUGAAGGAAUGCGCGCGGCGAUAACGUGCGUAAUAAUGGAGGGUGAUUUGCCAAUAACCUUCCGAUGGGAGCGGAAUGGCAAACCGGUUUCUAACAACGUCGUUCUCGGCACGGUCGUAAGAAGAAUCGAUGAAUUUUCAUCGUCACUUAUUAUCGAGCAAGUAUCGUCAACACACAGUGGCAAUUACACUUGCAUUGCAAGCAACGUCGCUGGUGCCGAACGUUAUGGUGUACCAUUGACAGUUAAUGUACCGCCACGUUGGACAGUGGAGCCGGUGGAUUCAAAUGUUGCCGCAGGGCAAGAAGCAACAUUAAACUGCCAAGCUGCUGGAUAUCCCACACCUGCCAUAACAUGGAAACGGGCUGUUGGAAGUCAACCAGGCGAAUAUAAAGAUUUUCUCUUUGAGCCAAAUGUGCAACAGCAAUCAAACGGCUCUCUCACAUUUAAGCACAUUUCAAAGGAAAACGAAGGACAAUACUUGUGCGAGGGCAAGAAUAACAUUGGUACUGGAGUGAGCAAAGUAAUUUUUUUAAAAGUGAACGCACCGGCGUACUUCCCACAGAAAACGAAGCAGAUUCAAGUCGUAAAAGGUGAGCAUGCACAUUUGCAAUGCUCUGCGGUCGGCGACACGCCGAUGGAGAUAAUGUGGAAAAUGGGCGGUCAACAAAUCGUCAGCGAUGUCGACCAGCGUUACAGUAUUCGAGAGCAGACACUGGUGGAAGGAAUGGUCUCCGAGCUGGGCAUCGAACGGACAAUCAGACAGGACACAGGCGUUUUUACGUGCUCGUCGUCGAACGCAUACGGACAAGAUGAAAUGAACAUCCAGUUGAUUGUUCAAGAGAUACCCGAAUUCCCCAAGAACGUGCGCGUUACCGAGCAGCUAAGCAGAUCGAUCGGCGUUUCGUGGACUCAGCCACACGCAGGAAAUAGUCCAAUCAGCAAUUAUAUCAUUCAAUAUAAGGAGGGUUUAGAUCCCUGGCCGACGCAGCCGUCGAAAGUUUCCGUGCCUGGCUCACAAACAUCCACAACAGUUGAGAAUCUAAAACCAUCACAGAUAUAUCAUCUACGAGUAUUAGCGGAGAAUCGUCUAGGGCUUAGUGAACCGAGUCAGGUAGUUCAAGUGAGUACUCUGGAAGAAGUCCCCAGCGGGGCCCCGUUAGAUGUGCGCGCCGAAGCUAAAACAUCGUCCGAACUAACGGUUACGUGGGAGCCGCCGUCGAGAGACACGUGGCACGGAAAUCUAUUGGGUUAUCACGUUGGCUUUCAAUUAGCAGUCAAGGAUUCGAAUGAUCGAGGCGCACAAAGCUAUACGUUCAAGAGCGUCGAAGUACGACCGCAUUUUGGCGGCGAGGCGUUGUUACAGGGUCUGAAGAAAUACGCGACCUACAAUAUCAUAGUUCAGGCGUACAACAGCAGAGGGUCCGGUCCAGCGAGCGAACAAGUGAGCGCUCGGACAUUGGAGGACGCGCCAUCAGUGCCUCCCGAAAACGUACAGUGCUCUGUUCUCAGUGCUCAAAGUCUUCACAUAUCAUGGGAGCCACCGCAAUUGGAGGGCCGCAACGGCAUUAUCGAAGGCUACAAAGUAACUUAUCACUCGAUUGGCGAGUGGUUUGGUGAGUUAAAUAAAUAUAACGACGAUCAGCAAACGAAAGUAAUUACUCAACAACGCACAACAAUAACCGGCCUCAGAAAAUACACCAAUUAUAGCAUUACUGUACUGUCAUUUACCGUAUCUGGCGAUGGCGUGAGAUCUGAAGCUGUUUAUUGCCACACUGAAGAAGACGUGCCGUCUGCGCCAGCUGAGAUAAAAGCCGUUUUGAGCGCGCCAAAUAAAAUUCUUGUCUCAUGGCUGCCACCAAAGUAUAGCAACGGUGCCCUGGUGGGAUAUACGUUUUACAUUGGCACGCUUGUGGACGGCCGUGAAGAGGGAACCAAUAAGCGGGUGUUGAGCCCGACGACUGAAAUGUUUGAGAUUACCAAGCAGGACGGCACGACCUCAACGUGCCAAUUUUGGGUAACGGCAUCCACACGGGUCGGCGAAGGCGAGGGCACGCGUGUAGUGACCGUAUCGUUAUCGAAAACGGUACCGGGCAGAAUAGCGUCAUUCGGUCGCGAAGUCGUCAGCGCGUGGAAGCAAGACAUUAUCCUGCCGUGCAAGCGUGUCGGAAUGCCAUUGCCGAAUCCAAUUUGGCGCAUAAACGAUCAGCCGCUUGAAGUGGGAGGCCGACGCGUCAUCACCCCCAAUGCAACGCUGGUCAUAAAAGACAUCCAGAAUGUCGACGAAGCAAACUAUUCGUGCAGUGUGGAGAAUCAGCACGGAAAGGAUGAAAUUCAUUACAGCCUUAAGGUAUUGGUGCCGCCAGAAGCUCCGUCACUGACCGUUGUCGAUGCCUUCACGGACAGUCUCCACCUGCGAUGGUCGGAUCAAAAGAAUGGCGGCUCUCCUAUUCUCGGCUAUGUGAUCAAUUACAAGCGGGAUCACGGCGACUGGGAGGAAUUGCAAAUUUCGGCGCGCACCGACGAGUACAUGCUACGGAAUUUAUGGUGCGGCACGAGAUACUCGCUCUACAUUACAGCGUUUAAUAGGAUUGGCACCGGCUUACCGUGCGACAUUGUCACAGCGCACACGAAAGGCACAGUGCCUGUAAAACCGAAACAAUCACAAAUACUGACAAUGAACGCAACGGUCGUCACCGUGUGGCUAGACUCAUGGGGAGACGGUGGUUGUGGCAUUUUGUACUUCGUUGUUGAAUAUCGUGCUGGUCGGCACUCCACGUGGAUAAUGUCGUCAAACCAUGUCAAACCAACGGAAAGAAUCUACAGCAUAUCGGAACUUUGGCCAGCCACAGAAUAUCAAUUGAAAGUCACCGCGCACAAUAACGCCGGAGAUUCGCCUGCCAUUUACAAUUUUACCACUCUGACAUUGCUCGGCUUCGCUCCGGAAUUAUCCCCGCCCGUUUCACAUUCCGGUGAUCACCCGUUGGCGAGCGCACGAGUUCUUGUUCCAAUUAUUCUAACACUACUCAUCGUCAUUGCGCUAAUAGCAACACUAUUUUGGAGAAGAAAAGUUCGCCUAGAUCGUGAUCGACAGGUGCGAACACUGGGUGAAUCCUCAUCUAUGGCGCAGAUUCAAAACAAGCAGAAUCGCGACCAGCAGUAUCUGGCGGUUCGCGUAGGGCGUGGUCCGCAGCCGAUUGCCGUGGAGGAUGCUUACAAAGCGGAGUCGGCCGAUUACAUCGAAGACAUCUGUCCUUAUGCAACAUUUCAAUUAUCGAAACCGGCAUACAGCGAAAGUUCGUACAGUGGGAAUGUCUAUAGUGGGCCGUACCAUUCGGUACGAGGGUCUUUUGUAUAUCAUGAUGUUAAACCUCCACCUAUUGAUAAGUUUAAGUUAGGACAUAGCAAAGAGCCUGAAUACACAAAAGUUAGACGAAAAGGCGGGCGUCUAAGAGACCCGCACUCCGAGAGUCAAGAAUCAGAUAAUCUGGGCAGCACUGACUCAGAGGUGAAGAAGAUAUUAACCCUCCAUCUGCCUAUUUCAGAGUACGACACCCUGGGCAGCGAUUCGGAGGGCGACGGGCGCGCGACCAGCCAAGAAUUGAUGUCGUUCUCGCAUCGAAUGCGAGGUGGGGCGGAAGGAUCGAGUUCCUCGUCUGAGACGUCCCCACAAACUGGUAGCAUCAAUCGCAAGGCUUAUCCAACACGGAAGAGCAAGUCCAAGGCGAUCCCGAUGAAUAAACGUCAUGUACGCAGCAGCAGCGGCUACUCCAGCCACAAUGACGAAACAACUUUUAGUAUAUCGCACAGCUUCAACGACCGCAUACAUCCGCCGAGCCGCUUCUCGGACAUGAGCGAUCCAGAAUGCGAAAAGGCUCACAAGCACCGCGGCAUGUCCCGGCUGACGCGCGAAGCAUUCCAAAUCAACGUUUAAUUUAAAUUGAAAAACCGUAAUAAUGUGUAAGUAUUAUUUCGUGGGCCUAAACAAAGAGGGGGAUGAAUCGAUAUGCGAACACACGUGUGACACUAGGAAUGAAUGGCAGGUGCCUUGGAGGGAAUUGUUUUGCACCGUUUAUCGGCGCAAAACUCUUUCCUACAUAUAAAUGGUUAUUAAUCUUCCACACACACACAAUGGAAUGUGCCAAAUUCGAGCUUGAUAAUAAGAUGAUGUGUAUAGAGGCAGUGUAACUGUAUGUUAUAGAUUUUAUAGAUUGUUACCAAUAAUGUUAUUGCGAACAUAUGUGGGUCUCACGUUAUAGCGUUACGGUGUUAUUGUUGUUUUUAUCAUUGUGACAUAAUAUGUGUGUAUAUUUGAUAAAAACUACAAGGACGCAUCACACGAAAACAAUUUUAACUAACUGUCAUUAAUUAAUUCAUCUUUCCUGUAUAACAUUCAAGCAACAUCGUUUUUGGAUAUACCUUUUUAUUGUACGAAUACGAGAAUAAGAAUGGACAAUGUAAACUAAUACCAAUAAAUAAAUUGUGGCCAACACACAAA